AUGCAUCUUAUGUACCUAGGAAUAACCUUACUCUGGCUCACAGGAGUGGUUGGUGCUGUUCCUCCUCUUGAGAAACGCGCUGGCCGAACCAGCCCACCCAGCGGCUGCAAGGUUGUCCGUCAAGGCUCGAAUAGUAAUGGCGAGUUCCCAACACUUGGUGCAGCUGUCUCCUCACUCUCCGGAGGCGGCUCGGCAUGUAUUUUCGUCUACGGAGGUACCUACAAGGAGAACUUCACUAUCAGCUAUGGAGGCCCUCUGACCAUCUAUGGCUACACUACCGAUACGGGCUCUUACAAAGACAAUACCGUCAAAAUCUCCCGGAGCAUGACCUCUCACGUCUCAGGAAGCCUAGACACCAGCAGUACGAUUAACGCCAAGAGUGCCAACUUGAAGAUGUACAACAUCAACAUUGAAAAUACCUAUGGCAAGGGCGCCCAGGCUGUCUCAUUGGUUGCUCAAGGUCAACAUCAAGGCUAUUAUGGUUGUGGCUUCUACGGAUACCAAGACACUCUCUACGCCAAGUCCGGUGCUCAGUACUAUUCUAAGUGCUACAUCGAAGGUGCCGAUGACUUCAUCUUUGGUGAUGCCGCUGCGUGGUUCAAUCAGUGCACUAUCUCUUGUAACGGUCCAGGAUCAAUCACCGCGACCUCGCGCGACAAGGCCGACGAUCCCGCUUGGUACGUCUUUGAUCAUUGUAUGGUUGACGCAAAAUCUGGAGUGAGUGGCCUUGCAAGCCAGGUCUAUCUCGGCCGCCCCUGGCGAGUCCUCUCGCGGGUCAUCUAUCAAUAUUCCUACCUUGGUGAUAUCAUCAACCCCACGGGUUGGACUACUAUGGCUCAGGGUGCCACUCCCAUCUACAUGGAAUACAAUAACAAUGGGCCUGGCUCAUCGACAGCCAAGAGAGAAUGGGUAACCAAAACAGAUAAGCCAAUCACUAUGAGCGAACUUUGGCAGGGAAGCUAUGAUUGGAUUGAUACGUCGUACUAA